GGUGUGUGAGAAGUGAGUGUGUGUGUGUAAGUGUGUGUGUGUGUGUUAGAAAUUUGUGUUUGGUCCUGAACUCCAUUUAAAGACCCAUCGGAGAAAAUCCACAGUCCUGAGCUGAGAUUUUGGCUCUGUUCUGUCUGUGCUGUGGGGAUAGGCUGGGCUUUUUCCUUCCUUUCUUUCUUCCUUUCUUUUUUUAUUUCUGAGGAAUGAGUAUACAGUUCAAGAGAAUAAACUAGCGACAGUGCGUCUGAUCGACAGAGCAACAUGGAUCGUGAAGAUGUUCGUGGACUAGUGCGGACACACACACAUUCUCCCAAGUCUCCAGACAUGAAAUCCAAGACAGCCAAAAGUGAGACCCCUUCAAAGAAGGAAAGUGAACGUCGAUCUGUCACUACAAGACCAGACGUCAUUGCAAAGUCACCUGGAACGCCCAGUCCCCAAAAUAAAAAAGAUGCAGUGAAGCUGGAGGACAGGCAAAAACUGGCGAAGGAAAGGAGAGAAGAGAAGGCUAAAUAUCUUGAACAACGUGGCGAGUUUCAAGCUGCUAAGAAGUCGGAGUGGUUGGAGAAGGAGGAACGGGCGCGGCAGUUACGGGAGCAGCAGUUACAGGAGCGCAGGAGAAAGCUGGAGGAUCAGAGGCUGAAAGCUGAGAAGCGUAGAGCUGCUCUGGAGGAGAGACAGAAGCAGAAACUGGAGAAGAACAAGGAGCGUUAUGAAGCUGCCAUCCAGAAGUCUACAAAGAAGACGUGGGCUGAGAUUCGCCAGCAGAGAUGGUCAUGGGCUGGAGGCCUGAGUGCCAGCUCCAGCCAGAGUCAGAGCCGAUGCUCAAUUUCUGCAGUCAACCUUCCCAAACACGUGGACUCUGUUCUAAACAAGCGUCUCUCCAAAUCCUCCGCCACCCUCUGGAACUCCCCCAGCAGAACCCGUAGAUUGGAGUUAAGUCCUUGGGAGAGUAGCAUUGUGGACCGCCUAAUGACACCCACCCUGUCCUUCCUGGCACGAAGUCGCAGUGCCGUCAGCGUGCAGAGCAGCGGCAAAGAUUCGCAAUCUCCACUGUGCCCUCGUUCAGCCUCGGCGAGUCCGCUCGCAGUGUGUUCUCACCGGCCCCAUCGAUGCUCUGAGCGCUGGAGGGUCACGACCAGCACCCCCGACAUCACCCAGCGCCCCCGCAGACGGGACUCCACUCCUAUGGAUAAGAAUAAGAAGGAGAAGAAGGACAAGGAGCGGGAGAACGAAAAGGAAAAGAGUGCCAUCACCAAAGAGAAGGUGCUGAAGAAGAGACAGUCAUUACCAGCAAUGCCAACCAGAUGUGAGCCCAGUCCCAGUGCACUGAUAAAGCAGCGGGCUUCCUCGCCCAGACCCCCAUCAUCCCUUGUCAGCCCCAACACCCCAAAAUCUCGACCUAAGAGGGCACGAACGCCACUCCGCGUGGAGGCACACACCAAAACACCCGCUGCUGCAGAGCAAGCCCAAGAGCGCCACAUCUCAUCUCCCAUCCCUUCAGUUGUCGUGCUAUCCACCCCUGGCACGCCCCCUCGUGCAAAUACACCAACCACAGCGAUCUGUCCCUCCUCCGUUCCUGAACAGUCCUUGCCCAAUUCCAGCAUUCCGCUAGCUUCUCCAGCUCCCUCCCCUGCCAAGCCCAUGGCUGGAACAACUGAUCCAGAGGAAGCCGCCCGCAUUCUGGCUGAGAAGAGACGACAGGCCCGAGAACAGAGGGAGAGGGAGGAGCAGGAACGGAGGGAGCAGGAAGAAAAAGAGAGGGAGGAGCGGAUGGCGCAGGAGGCAGAGGAGACGAGGCGCAGGGAGGAGGAGGCACGGCUCAUGGCAGAGCAGCAGAGGCUGAGAGAGGAAGCUGAGCGUCUGCAGCAGGAGAAGGAGGCUCAGGAGAAAGCCAGAGCUGAGCAAGAAGAGAACGAGCGCCUCCAGAGACAGAAAGAGGAGGCCGAAGCCAAGGCCCGAGAGGAGGCGGAGAGGCAGCGUCUGGAGAGAGAGAAGCACUUCCAGAAGGAAGAGCAAGAGAGGCUGCAGAGGAAGAAGCGCCUGGAGGAAAUCAUGAAAAGAACACGCAAAACAGACACCCCAGAAAAGAAGGACGUAAAAUCUUCUCCUCCUCCCCAAGUUAAUGGUGGAAGUUCUAAACCUGAAUCAGAGAGCAAUAAAGCAUCUGAUGACUACCUUCCAAGCACAGAGCUGGAACAAGACAGUCAGUCACAAAGUGGAAGGAAAGAGAGUUCUUCAGUCCUUGUGAUCAAUGGUAUCCAAGCUCCUAAGCAUGAGAAUGGACUAUCAGGUGGUGAAGCAUCCCGUUUUGGAGAGAUCAUUCAGCUGUCCAAUCACGGUGGCGCUAACGGCAGUGGGCGGGAGAAGUCAGAGACUGACAUCCCAAAUGAGCCAAUCGUGGCCUUUGAUAGUGGGAACACUUUUCUGAAAAAAGCAGGCCCCAUGAAGCCUCAGCAUGUUGCAGAGGUGCUGUGAGCAUCAGAGCUGUUAAACAGAGGUGAUGUGAGACGUCUGCCUGACUCCCAGCUCCCUGCCGGAGGGUAUUGUGUGAUGAAGCACAGCCUGACCAGACCCGUGCCAACCCAAUCACUGACUGCUGUUUAGAUUGUCCAGAGCAUCAUCAUGGUUAGAACCUGCCCUGUGCAAAAGGGUGUGAUUACAAGAAACCACUCUGCUGCCAAGCUUAACUAAACAAGCCCUCACCACCCUCCAAGGUGCAUUCUGUCACUAUUUAUCAAAAGCUCACUCAGCAGUCUGACCUCGCACCUUAGGACAGACCGCGCUAUGCGUCUCCGUGAUCACCAGAGCAAACACAAACAUGAAAAAACACGAUUUAUGGCUGUAUUUCUUAUCAUGAGUUAAAAAGAGAAGUGCUUUGGCUAGUUUGUUUUUAAUGUUUAGUUAUUUAAUGUGAUGAGAAUUGUAACUACUGGGUACAGCUACAUGUGAAUAGUGUAAAUUGGAAUACAGAUGGGAGAGGUUUGUGAAAUUAAAUUGAAUGAAAGAAGUA